ACAAGGAAUAAUAAUAUCCUUGGGCUCAACUCACCCAGAGGAACCAGUGGUAGACCUAGAAGACUGGUUCCCUGUAAUGUUCGAACAAAGCGAACCCGAAGGGAUGUACUACCCAGAGCAAUAUUUCCCUGAAAUACGCAGAAGAAAGGUGUUCGUACCAAGCGAUUGGAGCGAUUGGAUCCGUGUUGGAAGGAUAGACAGACCAUACAGACCAUAUAAAUGGUACCGAGAUAGAGAGAUGGAGAUACCAACCAGGUUUUCACGAUGCGGUCCGAAUGAACACUUUGAAGAAUGUCGUUCAUACUGCCCAGGAACAUGCAAUGAACCUAUGAGAACUUGCAUUCUUGCGUGUGCUUCGCCAGGCUGUGAGUGUAAUAGAGGAUAUCUUCUCAAAGAUGGCGUCUGCGUACGUGAAGAUCAAUGCUGAGAUCAAUAACUUUCC